UUCGAAAUGGCUAUCGUCCCGUGUCACAUUCAACACGAGCCUGUCUUGGUAGUUGGAUAUACAUACAUAAUGAGACGAUGAACAUAUACACUCACCUCGUGCCAGCGACAGCACUUCUCGUGAGCAGCCUAGUAUAUAUCAUUGCGCGCCUAAGGGAUCGUGAUGCUGGUGAUGCUGGUAUCGUUACAGUUCAAAUGGUCGCGGCGGUAGCAUGUCUCGGUUUCUCAAGCGCAUAUCACACGCUCAUGUGCCAUUCCAGUCAGGUCGAAGCGCUAUGGUUACGCCUCGACUUUGUCGGCAUCAUUCUCUUGAUAUUGGGGUCUUUUAUCUCAGGCAUCUACGUCGGUUUCUGGUGCGAGAUGGUAGAAAGGAAGAUUUAUUGGGCAAUGAUCGGGUCCUUUUCUGCGAUAUCCAUUGUCAUCGUGCUGGCGCCAACAUUUCAAGGACCUCGGUGGCGCACUUUACGCCUGCUGACGUUUGUCUCUACGGGACUAUCGGGGCUAGCGCCGAUCAUUCACGGGAUCUGCAUGUUUGGCUUUGCUCAGAUGGUGAAGCAGGCCGGCCUAGCUUACUACCUAGCCGAGGGAGGUCUAUUCCUACUCGGCGCAGUUGUGUACGCUACAAGGUUUCCAGAAAGUAUCCGCCCGGGGACAUUCGACAUAUACGGAUCAUCCCACCAGAUAUUCCACAUUCUCGUCGUGAUGGCUACGACGGUUCACCUAGCCGGCUUACUCGACGCGCUUGAUUAUAAUCAUUACAACCGGCAAUGUAUACCAUGAAGUUAUACAGCUCAUCUGUCCGGCUCUUGAGGCUAUGUCGGCACAUGUUGAAACAAAUAUAUAUGCCGCUAAUAUAUUAUUAAUGGGCAAUUUUGGAAACAUCGUGGGUGCCGAAUAUAUCCUACUCGUCAGGAUAGACACAUACAUAAAAUACAAAUGACAAUGCUAUAUAGAAAAGAACAUACAGUGCA